AAGUGAGGGCGCUAGCAACCGUUGCUGGGCACCGGAGAGGGCGACGCGUUACCGAUCUAGAAGGCCUGAAGAUGUUCCCAUAAGAAUCCAUUGGAACGUAAGAUCACUAUCACAAUGGCUCUUCCGGCUGAUGAGACGGCUGCAGAUCUACCCGUAAAGGACAAUGGACCGAGUCUCACUGGAAUACAAGAGUCCCCCUCUGCGCAAAGUGUGAAGGCGCGUCAGGCAGUGUCCCGGAUUAGUCGCCAAGAGCUUGAGGAUAGAUAUUUACGUAUACAUGAUGAAAACCUCUUGCUUAAACAGCAUGCUCGAAAACAAGAGGACAAAAUCAAGAGGAUGGCUACAAAGUUGAUUCGGCUGGUGCAAGACAAGAAGAAAGCCGAGCAAAGUCCUGGAGUUCCAAGGAGAUCGGGGAAGGAUGUGGAGCUGGAAGAGAUGAUCGAGCAGUUGCAGGAGAAUGUGCGAGACCUGGAGAAGCAGAAGGAAAGCUUGCAAAACCGACUAAUAGCAACCAAGCAGCAGCUACAAGCCCAGGGCCACAGACACACCCCGUACGACUAUGUGCAGGCUCGGAUUAAUUCUGGCCUGCGCAAAGCGACAGAAGGGGUCCUGGUGCAGGAGACUAUUCGGAGAGGAAUGAGAAUGCAGGAUCCUGAGAUGAUGACCAAAUCUACCCAAGCUGUUCUUCCACGUUAUGGGCACAGUUUGCUUGAGGAAGCCAGGGCAGAGAUAAGAAACUUGGAGAAUGUGGUGGAAUCCCAACGAAGUCACAUCGAGGAACUAGAACAUUCAUCAAAUAUACUCCAAGAUGAACUGAGAAGAAAGGAAAAAGAGUACGAGGAAACUUUUUUACAUCUAAGGGAGCAGCAAGCCACAGGUCAAAGGGCUACCAUAAAGGAGAAUGUAUCAAUGAUCAAGCUUCAGAAACAGCUGUCAGAGAAAAGCAAUGCUUUAAGUGAGAUGGAAGGCAAAUUUCACGUUCUUCAAGAGAGUCUAAAGGCCAUGCAGAGCAGUCAAGAAGCCUUCCUGAAUGAAGUGGACAAACUGAGCAGUCAGGUGAAGGAAGAACGCGUGAAGAACUUUCAGCUGGAGAAGCAGUUGCAGUCCAGCAGCCUGUCACAGCGAAGGGUGGAAGAGCUACUUGACCGAAUCGGUGACUUGGAGAAAGAACGAGAUCUCUUAAAGGAAAAUUACGACAAGCUUUACAACAGUGCUUUUGAUGUGAGCGGCAGCCAGGAGCAGCAGCGGAAGUUAAGAGAGCAGCAGCUGAAGCUCCAGAUCGCCCAGCUGGAGGCAGCACUCAAGUCCGACCUGGCAGAAAGAAAUGAGCUUCUCGACAGAGUCAGACGCGAGAGAGAGCAAGCAGAGAGGCUGGAUCAAGAGAACAGAAAACUUCAACUACGCUGCCUGGAACAGAAGCAGCAACUGGAUGAAUUUCACAGCAGGCUACGUUUCUUUACCAAGGAGAGUGAUGUGGAUGUGGCCGAACUCAGCGAAGCCCUAAUGUUGAUAAAGGCACGCAAGCAGCAAAAGAAUGGUGACCUGACGUUUUUGGGAAAAGUGGACGAUGACGUCCACAAAGACCUGGAGAGGACAUUGAGGGACCUGCAGGCAAGUCAUGCAGAGACAGUGCAGGAAUUGGAGAAGACCCGGAACAUGCUGAUAAUGCAACAUAAAAUUAACAAGGACUACCAGACUGAAGUGGAAGCAGUAACAAAGAAGAUGGAGGGGAUCCAGCAGGACUACGAGUUAAAACUGGAACAGUAUGCUCAUCUGCUGGACGUCAGAGCUGUCCGCAUACGCAAGCUUGAAGCCCAAAUAAAAGACAUUGCAUAUGGCACCAAGCAAUACAAAUUCACACCAGACAUCACACCAGAUGAUGAUGUGGCCGAGUUUGAUGAAUCUCUGAAACUGGAGCGUGGCGAGAACCUCUUUGAGAUCCACAUCUCCAAAGCAGCAUUCUCACCCGUGGCUGGCCGAAGCUUCGGCGAUCAGGAACCUAGCACUUUUUGCACAUACGCUUUCUAUGACUUUGAACUGCAAACAACCCCCGUAGUACGGGGUAUGCAACCUGUAUAUGAUUUUACAUCCCAAUACUUGAUCCGUGUUGAUGAUAUGUUCCUGCAGUAUAUCCAGAAAAGCACAGUAAGGCUGGAGUUGCAUGUAGCAUUCGGGACAGAUUAUCAAACGGUGGCUUUUUGUCAACUUAAUUUCCAAGAAAUCCUGGAAAAAAGUGGACGUAUAUUCUCAAGUGCCGUGCUUGUUGGUCUUGACAAUAGCAUUCAGAAUUAUGGUACGCUGGAAUACUGGAUCAGGUUAAGAGUUCCCAUGGAACAAGCUAUUCGCCUCUACAAGGAGAGGGCCAAGGCCCUGGGCUACAUAACCUCCAACCUCAAGGAACCAGAACUAAGCCAGGUUAACCUCUCUUCCACAACAGAAAAGAACUUUAAUGAGCUCUUCAUCACCAUUAAAAGCUGCAGCAACCUGAGUUCUGGCUCCAGCCCACAGCAGCCUAGUCCCUAUGUGGCCUACACCUUCUACAACUUCUCUGACCAUUACACACCCAUUAUUACAAGCAGCAACAACCCACAAUUUGAAGACCAUAUGUCCUUCCCCGUGCCAAUGACCAGCGACCUGGACCGCUAUCUGAAAUCCGAAUGCCUUGCUGUCUAUGUGUUUGAUGAUAAUGAGAUGAGUGAUGCAUACAUUGGGAAAGCUUCUGUGCCUCUCAUCUCCCUUGCCCAUGACAAGUGUAUUUCAGGCACAUUUCAGCUGACAGAUCGCAGUGGGCAAGCCAAAGGAACCAUAAAAGUCACACUGAAAUGGAAGGUGACUUAUCUUCCACCCAGUGACUCCAUCCUCAAAACACCAUUAGUCGAUGAAUUACCGAAGGAAGUGCCAGCUCCUGUCAGACUAUUGCAAGAAGAAGAAAUACGGACUCCUACACAGAAACCAGAAGUGCCCGCUCCAAUAACGCCUAUGCCGAAGCCCAGACAACGGAAACCUCCAGCAGAGAAAAAAGUCUCCUUCUUUGAUACUAGUGUGCAAAACCUGAACCCCAUUGAUCAAACUGUUGAAGAAGAAACCUCAAAAGUGUCAAAAAAUCCAGUUACCAUCUUAAAUAUUCCUGAGAUGGCACAAGAUAAACCAGCACAGGACGGACAACUUGAAGAUAAAAUGAAGGAACCUCAGAAGGAGAAAGAAGAGUCUUCUCAGCUGUCAGAUGGACAACUAGAAGCCCAGAGCUAUGACACGUCAGAAGAUGAAACGGAAAUAACGGAAGAUUUGGAAGAAGAAGAUCACGAUGGGAAACAGACAACGGAUGGAAACGAGUCUUCAGCAACCGAUAGCGACGACUGCAUUAUCCCCUUCGCCAAGGAUGUGAAGCCGCCAACUGAAAGAAUUUGCAUUGAGAUCAUCUCCCUGAGCUUGGAUGUUGGAUCCGAUGUUGUUAAGAAUGACACCAUCCAGAGAUUGUUUGUAGAGUAUAGAUUCUGCAACUUGCCAACCGUGGAGACACCAGUUUCACUCCAGAAGCCUACCAAGGGGCAGAAGAUCCACUACAACUACAGCAACGUGAUUCAUGUGGAUAAAGAAAACAACCAACCGAGGAGAGACUUCAUAAAGCCUAAUCUGUGUGAUCCAAAUCUCAGCAAUGCGAGUGUGAAGUUUACUAUAGUCAGCGACCCACCGGAGGAUGAACAAGAGCUGGAAUGUGAAGAUGUUGGCUUCGCUCAUAUCAGCCUUCAGGAGGUCUUGCAGACUCGCAAGGAUAUCAUCAACAGAAGCAUCGAGAUUUACGACACACAGUCUGAUGGGAAAGUAAUCGGGAGGCUGACGGUGACCGUGGAGGCAGCUGUGGCUCUUCAAUCCAUCCUGGCAGAUUAAGAAGAACCCCAGAUAAUCCACGCUGCUUUCUCUGCGUUCUCUACCUAUGAUGUUCAAAAUGUUCCUAAUAAAGUGGAGCAUGACACAGAU